AUGGAGAUAACACAGCAAAUUACCAGAAAAGUUAAAAAUUGGUUAGAAAAAAUCCCUGCAUUAACUCGGCUUAUUCUUUUGAUUAGCUUUUUCUCAUAUCUCAUUUAUAUCCUUAUAUCACUCAUUCAAAUCUAUAUCCAUUCUGGUGGCCAUAGGGCAGUAACUUUUCUCAAAGUCUGACAAAUUUAUAUGGUUCCCUACACAAAUUUUAUAUCAUAUCUUACUGAAUUGGCGAUUUAUUAUCUUAUUGCAAACAGUACAGAGAAAAAGCUCGGGACUGCUAGGUAUUCAAUUUUUGUUAUUGUCAACUUAUUUUUGACUGAAUUUAUUCACUAUUUACUUUAUUCAUUAAUCAAUUUUAUUUUGAAGGACUUCAUGCUAAAUUUCAGAAAUAUGAUUUUUCCAGGGUUAUGGGGACUUAUUAUGACUGAUUUAAUUAUCAAAUACAAUAAAAACCCUGAAAAACAAGAGCACUGAUUUAUAUCUUUAAACGUAAAAUCAAAAUAUGUGCCUUAUAUUUACUUCUUUUCAAUUUCUCUGCUAUUUCCUGUUGUAUUAAAACUGCUUUCAGGUUUGAUUAUAGGGUAUCUUUGUAAAAUUUAUAUAGACGUUUACCAUAAACUUGAUUUUUUAACCAUUUCUGAUAUGAAGGCCGAGGACUUAGAAAGAGCGAACAUUUGCUCUUGACUAAAAAAUAUGCCGAAUUUUAUAAGAGUGUCUGCAAUAGAAAAAGAAGAACAUGAUGAGCAAGAUCAUAUUGACUUAGGAAGCUCAGAAUAUUCAAACUCUAGUAUCACUUCUACUUCAUUAGAUAAUGAGUAUGAACUUUUAGAGGAAACUGAUAAAAUACUGAUCACAGCUUAA